UUCAUGUUGGAAAGAAUAUAAAUUUAAUGAAAGUGCGUGAGACACGGUUUGUUUAUAUUCUUUUUUUUCCUUCCUUUUUUUGGUUCGUCAUUCAUUCGUUUGUGAUUUGAUAGAGAAUUAAAAUUUUAAAUUUUUGUGGCUUGAAAGAUAUCGGUCUUCUAGCUUUUUUGUAAACCCUAUAAAAAAAUGUUAACCACACCAAAGAAGAAACUCGGUGCAGUUGCGAAUUCCAAACGCAACUCCAAGGAUACGACAGAUACUCCCAAGGAUACAAGUGAUAAACGUGAUUCGAUGGUGAGAGUGUUUGAAAAUGGCACCCUCGAGGGUGCAAUUCAGAGUGCUACCCCUUUAGGGGCUGUAGCAGCACGUGAAAGUGUGACAUCUUUAACGCGUCCUUUGUCAUGCGUAUCAGUGGCAAUGUCCGAAACAGUGAUUACCUCAAAUAAUGACGAUACCAAAUGUGAUAAUUCGAUUGAAGAGGAAAUCGAAGAAGAAAUUAUAUUAAAUGAAAGCACAGCUCUGCUCGAGUCUGUGAUUACCGAUUCCGUCCUCAAUCAUUCCGGGAGUGAUAGUAACAUCCUAGAAAGUAGCAUUUACAGUGAAGUGCAUUUGCCUGCAGCUCCACAACAAACCACCAUUGAUGUCCUCAAUACCAGUACCUGCUCGAGGGAGUCUCGCCAAAGCAAGAAAUCCCGCAGAAGAUCGAAGAAGUGCAAUUCGCUGCGAACGGCUGAUGCCUUUGCCAGUGCAUUUCCACCACAGUAUACGGCAAUUUUCAUAGACCCAAGUGCCAAUCCAGGAGGACUGCAUCUCUCGAGCAGUCCAAUUGAGCAAAUUGCUGCUGCGGCAGCGGCAAGCCCGUUUGUCGAUAGACAUCAUCAUCAAAUGAUGUCGGCAGUUCCUGUAAGCGGUCACAGAUCAACACCCGAAGCAAAUCCUGUGCAACGUGGAUGCUUUAGAAAAUGGUUCUCCCGGCCAUCUCUACCAUUUGUAAUUGGAAUUCUGGCACUAGGUGGCGUUGCCUGUACUCUGGGUGGCAUUGUUUUGGGCUCUACCGGACUAAUCGAACAUUCAACACAAUAUUUAAGUGCUGCUCUCCUCAUGAUUGGAAUUGGAGUGUCCCUGUUGGUGAUAUCGGGUGCUAUAUGGAGACUGAGCAUACCGGACGAAACCGAUGAAUGCCCCUGCUUCAGGCACUUGGAAACAUGUCGCAAUUGCAACAGUCCCUAUUGCAAUAAUCGAAUUUUACCCGGAGGCUAUCACAUGUAUCCGGAAUUUCAGCAUCGUCCGCCGCCACCAUCCUAUUUGACCAGUUUGAAUGAGUGUGCUGUUGGAUUACUUUUCCAUCGGGACAUGACCAAUACUUUGGCCCAACAUCCUCAGUUUCGAAUCAAUACUCCACCACCGUUGUACAGAUCGACAAACUCGUUAAGUGUCUUUGUGCCAGUCAAUAGUCAAAUGGCAACAACAACAUCUGGUAGUUCUCAGCCGACCACAGAAAAUCCUGAUAUUCCUACUACCAAUAUGAAUGUAUUUGAAAGUCCUGUGCCAAAGGAGAUGACAUACCUAGAAUUGGACUAAGGAACUUAAUGAACUUCCAUUGUGUUCAAGAGAGGAGAGAGGCUUUCAAUUUGACUCAACCACGUUAUACCUAUAAAAUUCUAUUAUUAGACUAUAUUGUCAUGUCUGGGUGUCCUUUACACAGACACAUAAUAUGACUGAUAUCCAAAUAACUGUAUACAAUUUGAUAUUUAUAUAAAAUAACAGAAAAAAAAAGUAGAAAAAUAUUUUUAUAUAUUUUAUAAGCUUUAAAUUUUGAUUAAAAUUUAAGUGAAAUGAAAGGAUUUUUGUAUAUAUCCUGAAUGAAGAAUUAUUGUAA